UGACAAAAGUUGGGGGCCUAUUAGCAAUUUCAGAACUUUACAAAUCCCAACAAAUAAUUUCCCGUGAGCGCUCUAUCAAACGUUUAUAAGCUGCAAUUAUCUCGUCCUCUUCUCAAUUACGAUCGAAGAAGAGGAUCACUCUUCCGAACGAAAAGCCCCUCCGAUUAUCACCACCGCCGGUUUUCCGAUCAGUGCCCUAACCCUAGAUCCGAAGAUGAACGACGCGGAUGUCUCCAAGCAGAUCCAGCAGAUGGUCAGAUUCAUCCGCCAAGAAGCGGAAGAGAAGGCCAACGAGAUCUCUGUUUCCGCCGAAGAAGAAUUCAACAUCGAGAAGUUGCAAUUGGUAGAAGCAGAGAAAAAGAAGAUCAGGCAAGAGUACGAGCGGAAAGAGAAGCAAGUAGAAGUUCGGAGGAAAAUUGAGUACUCUAUGCAGCUCAACGCAUCACGUAUCAAAGUUCUUCAAGCUCAGGAUGAUGUGGUCAACUCCAUGAAAGAGGCUGCUGCAAAGCAGCUCUUGAAAGUGAGCAGUGAGCAUAAUGUGUAUAGGAAGCUUCUGAAAGAUCUCGUAGUUCAGAGUUUGCUCAGACUCAAAGAACCUGCUGUCUUAUUGCGUUGUCGGAAAGAGGACCUAGAUAUGGUGGAGAAUAUUCUGAACUCAGCAAAGAAUGAAUAUGCUGAGAAAGCAAAUGUUCAUGCACCUGAGAUAUUAGUUGACAAAACCGUCUUCCUUCCACCUGCUCCGUCCCAUCACAAUGCCCAUGGUCCCUUCUGCUCUGGAGGUGUAGUACUGGCUUCCCGAGAUGGGAAAAUUGUAUUCGAGAACACCCUGGAUGCUAGGUUGGAUGUUGUAUUCCGCAAAAAACUUCCAGAGAUCCGCAAGCUGCUCUUUGGACAAGUUGUUGCAUGAGGGGUUGGAGUACUUUGUACCUAUCGUCUAUAUGGUUUCACUAAGUUGUCAAGGUCGGAUUAUACAUUGGUUGUUGGGCUGUCGCCUAUGUUAUCAGGUGGCUUGUUUUGUAUUUUCAGUUUCCUGUUCCCAAAAUCUCUAUUUGCUCAUCUCAAAGAAACCGUUGGUAGCUUUGUUUUUCAUUUUGCCGGGGCAUAUCAAAGACACUUGUAUGGUCCCUAUAUUUGUUGCCUGCUUAGGCAGUUAUUUGUUUUGAAUAAAAGUCGGAGCUGGAUGGACUAUGCUUUGUUGA